CCUGCAGCUCAGGGAAUCUCUUCCAGAACGUCGUGGUCCUGCUGAUGAUUUCCAAAUCCUUUUAACCACGAACGUUCAUCACAGUUUCAAAGCGACUUUAAAGGCACAGCAUUUGGGGGGAAAUCGAAUAUUCUGUGUUCCGUUGGUGUCAAACAGAACCUGCGAAUGUCUCUCUUAGAAUAAGCUGCCAGAUGUCUUGGGCAGAUAGUGGAGCACUGAGACCAGAACGCGGCAGAAAGGAGAGAAAGCCCAGUUCCUGAACCCACGAUGACACGAUGUAGGUCUGCAGACCUCCUCUCUGUGGUUGUGGGACACAUGGAAAUGAUGAUGCAUCUCCUGUUAAAACGCUGUAAUAGACCGGCUGUCGCAACUACUGCGCCUGAGACGGACUUUCCACCAGUGGGAAAGAAAGGGAGACGCUCAGGGAGAAGUGAGGAGGUACAGGUCACUUCCUGCCAGAUCUGGAACCAAUUCAGGGCAAUUCCACCCAGCAGUCAUUGAUGUGUGUGUGUGUGUGUGUGUGUGUGUGUUCCUUCUCACUGUGUUUCAUGCAUUUCCUCCUUAGACACUAAAUGUACCUCACACACUUCUCACCAUUAACGCACAUGGACUCCACCCAAGGAAUUACACCAUCCAGAGGUUCGUUGAUGGAUGUUAGUGAGACGCAUGAGUGUAAAACCACAAUGAAACUGCAUCAAAUUUGGAUCUCGUCAUUCAACUCAUUUCCUUUUAUUCCAUCAUGUCUGUGACAAACCUUAAACCUACAGCGCCGUGAGGGAAUCGCAUUAUUACAUGAGCAGUUUCCAAAGUGCUGAAAGAACACAGGCACAGAACAUCUGGAAGAAAAACAAACACCUGGAGUUGUAUUCUCCUUUUAUUCAACGCCACUUAUUAUCACCGCAACGCGUAGACUCUACAGGCCACUUUCUCUUUAGGUUAGUCGUAUUUGCCCCCCCCCCCCCCUCCCUACCUCGGGUCGGGUGGUGGGGGGGCGGCAGCACCAGCCAGCGGCACCGCUUCCUUUAUAAAAGGCCCGCGGCAGAGGGGCGGAACAUCUGGGCAGAGCAGCUGCAGGAUGCGCGCCUUGGUUCUCCUGUGGACGCUCGGCUCCCUGCUGGAGGAGACGCGGCCGUGGGGCUUCAGGAACGGGAUAUUCCACAACUCCAUCUGGCUGGAGCAAGCAGCCGGAGUUUACCACCGGGAGUCACGCAAGGGAAGGUACCAGCUGACGUACACGGAGGCCAAAGCCGUCUGCAAAUACGAGGGGGGGAAGCUGGCCACCUACGAGCAACUGGAGGCGGCUCGCCAAAUAGGGUUCCAUGUGUGCGCCGCCGGAUGGUUCGACAGAGGACACGUCGGCUACCCCAUCGUCAAGGCCGGAGCCAACUGCGGCUUCGGGAAGGUCGGCAUCGUCGACUACGGACGCAGGCGCAACAAAAGCGAGCGCUGGGACGCGUACUGCUACAACCCCAACUCCAAGGAGUGCGGCGGGGUGCUGACGGACCAGCAGAAGGUCAUCCGCUCGCCCGGCUUCCCCGAGGAGUACCAGGACGAGCAGAUCUGCUACUGGCACGUGCGCGUGCGCCUGGGCCAGCGGGUGCACCUCCGCUUCCUGGAGUUCGACGUGGAGGAGGACGUGGGGUGUCUGGCCGACUACCUGGAGGUGUUCGACAGCUACGACGACGUCUCCGGCUUCGCCGGCAGGUUCUGCGGCGAUUAUUUACCCGAUGACAUCAUCAGCACAGGAAACGUGAUGACGCUGAAGUUCCUCUCCGACGCGUCGGUCACGGCCGGCGGCUUCAAGCUGCAGUACGUCGCCUUCGACGCGUCUCUGUCGUCACAGAACCACACCCGCUCCGCCCACUGACACUGCUGUGUUUAAUGCCUCCUGAAAGCUGAUUAAAUAAAUGAACGUGUUGAAGGUUUUGACGGUGUUCUUACGUCCUAGAUUAGACAAACAAUCGUGACUUUGUGUUGACCUCAUUCAAGGUUUAUUUUACAGAAAAACAAACCUGUUUUCUGGUUGUUACAAUAAUAAUUUCCUAAACGUUCAGAGUGCAGAGUAUUUUCACAGCCAACUGUUCUGUAUAUUCAAAGCUCCAUACACAUAAAUUAUUCAUAAACAUCUGCUUUGUUCAUUGAUUUAUAAUGUCGUAUAAAUGUGCCUUUUUUAAUUUUUGUAUUUUGCAAAUUUGUGACAUGGUCGGUAACUAAAAAAAGUAUACUAUAGAUAUGACAUUUUGAUCACAUUUUGAAAACAAUCAAUAAUAAUUAUUCCGUGCUAAUGAACAUUUUAUCACUGCAAUAAUUAACUAGAAUGUUACAUCUGGUGUUACAUUAUUGACUGUACUGUAUUGAAUGUACAAAGUCUCCAUUAGGUUUGUGUAGAGCAGUUGCGAACAAAUAAAAUGUAAUAUUAUGAAAAAAAAAAAUUGAGUGAUGAUUCCUGGUGGGAAAUUCACUCAAACUUUGUACUUUUCAUUGAGCAUGAUUUUGAAUGCAGGAACGUUACUUGUCAGACACACACACACACGGAAAGUGUGGAUGUGGUAGUAUUAGCCCUGUCAUCAGAUUAUAAUAAAAGCAGGAAUAUU